CUUUCUCUCUCUCUAGUCUCUGGUUUCGACUCUCGUCUCUCUACUCUUCAAGUUCAAGGCGUGGCAUUUGGCUUUCAUUACUUUCCUCCUCCUUCUCAUCUUUCUUCUCUUUCUUUCUCUCUCUUCUCUUCAUAACUCAUUUUCUCUCUGAAACCAGCAAAAAGAACAGGCCCUCAAGCACACAUCGAUUACACUGUCAGCCUAUGUUCCCUUCUUCUCCGCAUUCUCUCGCAGUUAACAGCUAGAUACUGAGAGAAAACAACAGCAACAGAUACUCUGUUCAAGAAAUGUCGUCUCUCUUUCUCUGUUUUUUCACAUGCUCUGGCUUGAUUAAUCGCUCUUGCAGCUUUUGACACUUCCCCAGCAGACAACAAAGCGAGAGUAGGCCGAAACCUUCUGCCGUUUUGCCCGUCUCCUCUCCCCGCCUGUAUUCCCGUCUUCUUCUUUUUUUUAAUACCAACUUCUUCGGUCUAUAAAUCUUCUAAAGAUGGAUAGUUGGGAGAAAUCGCUAAGAGACGACAGAUUUCUUCGUCAAGAGAGAAAGAACCCAUCUUUCUCUUCCACCCUCCUCGACGCAAUUUACCGUUCCAUAGACGAAGGCGACGGAGAAGGAGAACAAGAACUUGUUCUCUAUAGAGAAAGCAUGGGGAGGAAACAGAGCUGUACCAGCAGCGGCCUCAAAGGAAGAAGUUUCUUAGAGAUGGACAGUCUUCGGCGAGGGUGUAUGAUCGAGAAAUGGAUGGACAAAAAGGUAAGCGAGAAGGUCGUUUUCCGUCGUAAGUCGACGCCGGAGUUCGACCUCAAGUUACAGAACGAUCGAAAUUCCACACUCCUCAAUUCCACUUCAUGCUCUUCAGAUUCUAGCUCCGGAGGUGGAUUUUCUUCUUCGGAAGCGGAGUCCGUUUACGGAGUUAGAUCGAGGUCGUCGGGUUUCACGGCGCAGAAGUCGAAACCGGUUCGAACUUGUAUACCGGUUCGGUCGGAGAAACCUCUGCACUACUACGAUCAUGAACUAGAGAUAAAGUUGCAUGCUUUUGAAGAAACUCAUCGUCGUCAUCAUCUGGAGAAAGAUUCAGUUCCACAGCAGAAGCCUUCGAAAAACGAAGGCGGUCGUUUCAUCAAGACUAAAUCCAGAGCACUAAAGCUCUAUGGCGAUCUAAAGAAGGUGAAGCAACCGAUCUCCCCAGGGGGACGACUUGCAAUGUUUCUCAAUUCUCUGUUUACUUCAGGUAAUGCCAAGAAGGCAAAGAUAUCAUCUUCGGUUGGUGGUGGGGAGGAUACGUGUUCUGAGAGGAACUCGAAAUCGGCGCAGGCGUCGACAUGUUCGUCGGCGUCGUCAUUCUCGAGAUCGUGUUUAAGCAAAAGCCCAUCUUCCAGGGGAAAAUUGAGUAAUGGCUUGAAGAGGUCCGUCCGAUUCUAUCCAGUUAGCGUGAUCGUGGACGAGGACUGCCGACCGUGUGGACACAAAUGUCUAUAUGAAGAUGAUCCGGGCCUGAUAGUGAGACCAAUUGCAGAGCCCCGGUUGAUGAAUGAGGAACUUAAAUUCCACUUAAUGGAGAAGAACAGGCGAGUGGAGGAAGCAGCACGAGAUCUUCUGAAGAGCUAUCAGAAGAAGAGUGAUUUCGAAAUGAGAGACGCCAACGUCGACGUUCGCGACGAUGACGACGAAGAGGAAGACGACGACGAUGAUGCGGCGAGCUACUCAAGCUCCGACCUUUUUGAGCUCGAGAACCUAGCAGUAAUUGGUAUCGACAGGUAUCGUGAAGAGCUUCCGGUGUACGAAACAACCCAUCUCGAUACGAAUCGCGCCAUCGCUAGUGGCUUGAUUCUGUAGUUGUUCCAGCAAUAUUGUCAUCAAAAAGGGGAAAAAAAUAUAUUACCAUCCUUUUUGAAUUUUUAUGGUUUGGAGGUUUAUUCUACACCAGAGAAUAAUCAAAUACUUACCUUUUUUUUCGGUUUUUUAA